ACAUUUGUGUUUUUGUAUAUUUUUGUAUGUAUAUAAGCUCCAGUUUUGACUGUUUCUCGAAUUUGUAAAGACCCAACUUCUUAAACUGUGUGAUCUGCAUACUUAGAUCUGUUGUUAAUGUGAAUUUAGUGGUUUUUACUAAUGGGGUUUUGAUUUUAGUUGAUUUGGGUUGGUGGGUUGUGUCAAGAUUGUCCAGUGUGAUGGUAUUUUUGGGAUUGUUUUGAUUUUGGAGUUCAAUUUGUUUGUGUGGUGAACUUGGUGGAUGUUUUGUGAAGUGGGGGUUUUCGGGUUUUUGUGGUUUUAUUUGAUAGGUUGUUAGAGAGCUUACAUUGUAGUUGGUUUCAGGAAAUAUAGGGUGGAAGUUUUUUGCAUGAGGUUUUGUGAUGGAGGAAGAAGGGGGGCCAGAGAAUAACAAUGUUUUGGUUAAGGGUUCGAAAAGUGAUGGUGAAAGCGAGAUUUUGGAUGGUAGAGUAGAAAAUUCCAAUACGGAACAGUUUGAUACUGGUGAUCAUAGUUCUGUGGAUUUAGGUAAUAAUAGGGAUUCACAAGGGGUUGAGAGUGUAAGUACAGAUGUGGAUGGCGAAUAUUUUGAGCAAGUAUCGCUAAAAGAUGGAGUGCAGACGGGUGAUAAAGCUGAGGGAGAUCAUGGGGAUCUGAAUCAGUCUUGGAGUUCGGGUAAUGUGAGACAAUUUACAGGUGGUAACUAUGAAGCAUCUGAAUAUUCACUCGAGAAAGUUGCGUCAGGGCUUAGUUCUCCGUCGAGUCCUGGUUACAAUCAUGAUCCAAUUCCUGAGCCUGAUAGACACUCCAUUGAUGAUGUCGGACAUAAUGCGUCGUUAUCUACUCUUGAUUCUACAAAGGAUUUGUAUGGGGGUGGUGGAUACUCACCUGUUGCUUCACCGCAGAAGCCCAAGUCAAAGCCUGUUGUGCCAAAUGUGUCUCCGGAGCUCUUGCAUUUAAUAGAUUCUGCUAUAAUGGGAAAGCAUGAAAGCAUGGAUAAAUUGAAGAAUAUCGUGAGCGGUGUGGAGCACUUUGGGAACGGAGAUGAGCAGGCAGAAAGUAUUGCUUUCUUGGUAGUUGAUUCUCUUCUUGGUACAAUGGGAGGUGUUGAAUCGUUUGAAGAGGACGAGGCUGACAAUCCUCCUAGUGUGAUGCUGAACUCCAGGGCUGCCAUAGUUGCAGGGGAGCUAAUUCCUUGGCUUCCAUGUCUGGAGGAGAAUGAAGGCUUCAUGUCAACCAGGACGCGGAUGGUCAGAGGAUUGCUUGCCAUAUUGCGUGCUUGCACCCGGAAUAGAGCGAUGUGCUCUGCAGCUGGUCUACUGGGAGUUCUUCUGCGUUCUGCUGAGAAUAUAUUUGUUCAGGAAUCGGGUGUAUCAGAGAAACUGACAUGGGAUGGUAUUCCUUUAUGCUACUGCAUCCAGUACUUGGCUGGACAUUCUCUCAGUGUGACUGACCUGCAUCGGUGGUUUGGAGUGAUCUCAAAAACACUCACUACUGAAUGGGCGGGUCGUUUAAUGUUCUCAUUGGAGAAAGCCAUGGGUGGAAAAGAGUCAGCAGGUCCAGCAUGUACAUUUGAGUUUGAUGGUGAAAGUUCUGGAUUGCUAGGUCCAGGGGAAAGCCGUUGGCCAUUUAUCAAUGGAUAUACUUUUGCAACAUGGAUCUACAUUGAAUCAUUUGCGGAUACUCUCAACGCAGCCACCGCUGCGGCUGCAAUAGCUGCAGCUGCCGCUGCUAAAUCAGGAAAAUCAUCUGCUAUGUCUGCCGCUGCCGCUGCUAGUGCACUAGCUGGUGAAGGCACAGCCCACAUGCCUCGAUUAUUCAGCUUCUUGUCUGCUGAUAAUCAGGGCAUGGAGGCUUAUUUUCAUGCUCAAUUUUUAGUGGUUGAAAGUGGUAGUGGGAAGGGAAAAAAGACAUCUUUACAUUUUACUCAUGCUUUCAAGCCGCAAUGUUGGUAUUUUAUUGGUCUGGAGCAUACUUGCAAGCAAGGAUUACUUGGGAAGGCAGAGAGUGAGCUUAGGUUGUAUAUAAAUGGAUCCUUGUAUGAAAGCCGCCCAUUCGAUUUUCCCAGAAUAUCCAAGCCACUUGCAUUUUGCUGUAUCGGGACUAAUCCACCACCAACAAUGGCCGGUCUGCAGCGUCGUCGUCGCCAGUGUCCUUUAUUUGCUGAGGUGGGACCUGUAUAUAUCUUCAAAGAAGCAAUUGGUCCUGAAAAAAUAGCACGGUUAGCUGCCAGAGGAGGGGAUGCACUUCCUUCAUUUGGUAGCGGGGCAGGAAUGCCAUGGCUUGCAGCAGACAGCUAUGUUCAGAGCAAGGCAGAAGAAAGUACACUACUUGAUGCAGAAAUAGGGGAAUCCCUUCACCUGCUUUACCAUCCUAGUUUACUCAGUGGGCGGUUCUGUACAGAUGCCUCCCCUUCUGGUGCUACAGGCAUGCUCCGAAGACCAGCAGAGGUUCUGGGACAAGUACAUGUUGCUACAAGAAUUCGACCUGCAGAGGCUUUUUGGGGAUUGGCGUAUGGAGGACCUAUGUCUUUACUUCCAUUGGUAGUAAGUCAUGUUCAUGAUACUACUUUAGAACCUCAUAAAGGGAACCUGUCAUUGUCUGUGGCCACAACUUCUCUUGCUGCUCCUAUAUUUAGAGUAAUUUCUAUGGCUAUUCAACACCCAGGUAACAAUGAGGAGUUGUGUCGUAUAAGAGGUCCCGAGGUUUUGUCUAGAAUUUUAGACUAUCUUCUACAAACUCUAUCCUCUCUUGAUGUGACAAAUCAUGGAGUGGCAGAUGAGGAGCUUGUUGCAGCAGUAGUCAUUCUGUGCCAAUCACAAAAAUUUAAUCAUUCACUCAAAGUCCAGCUGUUUAGCACACUAUUAUUAGACCUGAAAAUUUGGAGCUUAUGCAGCUAUGGACUGCAAAAGAAGCUUUUAGCAUCUCUUGCCGAUAUGGUUUUUACGGAGUCAUCUGUAAUGCGAGAUGCUAAUGCUAUUCAGAUGCUUCUUGAUGGCUGCAGGAAAUGUUAUUGGACCAUUCGUGAAAAAGAUUCUAUAAACACAUUUUCUUUACAAGAGGCGUUGCGUCCUCUUGGCGAGGUUAACGCUUUGGUUGAUGAGCUUAUGGUUGUCAUUGAGCUCCUAGUGGUGGCAGCUCCUCCAUCCUUGGCUGUUGAUGAUGUUCGUUGUUUACUCGGAUUCAUGGUUGAUUGUCCGCAACCAAACCAGGUAGCAAGGGUUUUGCACCUGAUACACAGGUUAGUAGUGCAGCCAAAUGCAUCCAGGGCUCAAACAUUUGCAGAGGCCUUCACAUCAUCGGGUGGCAUAGAAUCACUUCUUGUCCUGUUGCAGCGUGAAGCAAAAGCCGGAGACAACACCACUUCUGACCCUUCAGUUGUGAACACAACAGAGUUAGUUGUCCACUUAUCUGAACAGAAGAAUGAUGAUGAAAUUGGCAUUAACAUUAAGGAGACGUCACUAGCUUUGGAAGAAGGAUCAAUUGUAAGUGAGUCUGGCAACAAGGGUUCGAAUCCAAUUGCCACUGGCGUAAUUGAAAGGAUGACAUCUGUGUCUGAGAAGUCUUUUGCUAAAAAUUUGGGAGAUAUACAUUUCUCAAUAAGUGGUGAAAAUGCAAGAAAUAAUGCCUACAAUGUUGAAAAUGGUGAUGGCAUCCUUGUUGCCAUUAUUGGGCUAUUAGGUGCCUUAGUUAUAUCAGGACAUCUGAUAUUUAAUUCAAAUGCUACUCCAGAUGUUACAGGAAACCCUCUUGGUCUGCUUCAGGAGGGUGGUACCAUGUUUGACGACAAGGUUUCCCUUCUUUAUUUUGCUCUACAAAAAGCUUUCCAAGCUGCACCAAACAGGCUCAUGACUAGCAAUGUCUAUACAGCUUUAUUGGGUGCAUCGAUAAAUAUGUCAUCAACUGAAGAUGUGAUGAACUUCUACGACUCUGGUCACCGAUUUGAGCAGCUGCAAAUGCUGCUGGUUCUUUUGCGUUCACUUCCUCGUGCUCCUAAGGGAUUGCAAAAUCGAGCUUUACAGGAUCUUCUGUUUUUGGCUUGUAGUCAUCAUGAAAACAGAAACAGUCUUACUCAGAUGGAGGAAUGGCCUGAAUGGAUUUUGGAGGUUCUUAUAUCUAAUUACGAGAGGGGAACAGGGACAAAUUCUCAGGAUUCAAGAGACAUGGAAGACCUAAUACACAAUUUCCUUACAAUCAUGUUAGAGCAUUCAAUGCGCCAGAAAGACGGAUGGAAGGAUAUUGAAGCGACAAUUCAUUGUGCUGAGUGGCUUUCUAUGGUUGGGGGAUCUAGUACAGGUGACCAACGAAUCAGGCGUGAAGAAUCACUACCUAUUUUCAAAAGAAGGCUUUUGGGAGAGUUACUGGAAUUUUCUGCCAGAGAAUUGCAGGUUCAGACACAAGUUAUCGCUUCAACUGCUGCUGGUGUUGCUGCUGAAGGUUUGUCACCCAUGGAUUCCAAAGCCGAAGCAGAGAAUGCAGUUCAACUUUCAGUGGCUUUGGUAGAAAAUGCAAUAGUAGUUCUAAUGCUUGUUGAAGAUCAUCUACGGCUACAAAGUAAAUUAUAUAGCAGUUCCCGUUUUUCGGAUUCCACCGCUACUCCCGUGGCAAGUUCAAAUUCAGAAGGCAGUGCUAUUAGUAGAGCUUCUUCCACCAAAGAGCCACUAGAAGCUUUAUCUAGCCAAAGGUCAUUAUCGCGUGAUUCUGGAGGACUCCCUAUUGACGUUCUUACUUCAAUGGCCGACUCCCAAGGGCAAAUAUCGGCUGCGGUUAUGGAACGACUUUCUGCUGCAGCUGCAGCUGAACCCUAUCAAUCUGUUUCCUGUGCCUUUGUGUCAUAUGGUAGCUGCGCUGUAGAUUUGGCUGAGGGCUGGAAGUUCAGGAGUCGAUUAUGGUAUGGUGUUGGCCUCCCUUCAGCAGCAACCUUCGGUGGUGGGGGGAGUGGUUGGGAAUCUUGGAGAUCGUCUUUGGAAAAAGAUGAAAAUGGAAAUUGGGUUGAACUCCCAUUGAUAAGGAAGUCAGUUUCCAUGUUACAGGCUCUGUUAUUGGAUGAAUCUGGACUUGGUGGUGGCCUUGGAAUCGGUGGAGGAUCUGGUACUGGAAUGGGAGGUAUGUCAGCGCUAUACCAAUUAUUAGAUAGUGAUCAACCAUUUUUAUGCAUGCUUCGGAUGGUGCUUGUUUCAAUGAGAGAAGAAGAUGAUGGGGAAACUAGUAUACUUAAACGAAAUAUAAGCAUUGAAGAUGGUUCAUCUGAGGGCUUUUAUCAACGAUCUGGCAGCACUUCGUCCCUUGAUAACAAUGCUCGUAUGUCAAUAAGGACUCCACGAUCAGCACUAUUGUGGAGUGUGCUUUCACCUGUCCUCAACAUGCCUGUUUCAGAGUCCAGGAAACAGAGAGUGUUGGUUGCUUCUAGUGUUCUUUACUCGGAGGUGUGGCAUGCUGUCGGAAGGGACAGAACCCCUCUUCGUAAGGAGUAUCUUGAAUCAAUUUUGCCUCCGUUUGUCGCUAUUUUGAGGAGGUGGAGACCUCUACUGGCAGGUAUCCAUGAACUUGGGGCUGCGGAUGGUUCGAAUCCUCUUGCUGUUGAUGACCGUGCACUAGCUGCAGAUGCUUUACCAAUUGAGGGUGCUCUAGCUAUGAUUUCCCCUGGAUGGGCUGCCGCUUUUGCAUCACCUCCUGCUGCACUGGCGUUGGCAAUGAUUGCUGCUGGUGCUGGUGGAGGAGAAAAUAUUGGACCUGCAUCAUCUACAAAGUUCAAGCGCGAUUCAUCGUUGCUUGAGAGGAAACCAAAUAGGCUGCAUACGUUCUCAAGCUUUCAGAAACCUUUGGAUGUUUCUAUCAUGAAGUCAGCUGCCGUUCCAAAGGACAAAGCUUCUGCAAAAGCAGCCGCUUUGGCCGCAGCACGAGAUGUUGAACGCAAUGCAAAAAUUGGUUCAGGAAGAGGCCUUAGUGCCGUGGCAAUGGCUACAUCUGCUCAGCGACGAAGCAACAGUGACAGGGAGCGAGUAAAGAGAUGGAAUUUGUCUGAUGCUAUGGCAACUGCCUGGGCAGAAUGCUUGCAGUCAGUUGGUUCCAACUCGGUCUAUGGGAAAGAUUUUAAUGCUUUGUCAUAUAAAUACAUUGCCGUCCUUGUUGGAAGUUUAGCUUUAGCUAGAAAUAUGCAACGUUCUGAGGUCGACAGACGUACACAAGUUGAUAUAAUUGCUCAGCAUCGUCUAUGUACCGGUAUACGUGCAUGGCGAAAACUCCUGCAUUAUCUGGUUGAUUUGAAAUGCCUUUUCGGUCCAUUCGCCAAACAAUUAUGCAAUCCCGACCGUGUUUUCUGGAAGCUGGAUUGGACUGAAACUUCUUCAAGAAAGAGACAAUGUUUGAGGAGGAAUUUCUGCGGGACAGAUCAUUUGGGUGCUGCCGCGAAUUAUGAUGAUAGGUUGGUAUCUGAUCAUGAACAGAAGGUCAUCAGCCCAACUAAAGCAUCUGCCCUGGCUGCAGAAGCCAUCACAAUGAAUGUAGAAGAUGAAGAUGAUGAACAAGGUGACAUAAUUAAUAUUGAUGGGAAAAAAUAUGAUGCAGGAAGUCAUGAGACACAACUUAGAUCGUCUGGGGCUGCUGAGCAUUCCUUCAAGGAUUCAGUAGAAUCUUUCAAUCCUCAGGUUACAAACAAUCAGGAAUUUGUGCAUAGCUCAUCCGCUUCUGUACCUGGCUAUGUUCCCAGUGAACAUGGUGAAAGGAUACUUUUUGAGCUUUCAUCUUCAAUGGUCAGACCAUUAAAGGUUUCAAGAGGAAUGUUUCAGAUAACAACAAAAAGAAUCAAUUUUAUCGUUGAUAAAGCCGAAAGGAAUCCUCUUGGAGAUGGUUUCGACUACUCUAGCGAAAAUCAGUUUCAGGAAAAGGAUCAGAGCUGGUUAAUAUCCUCACUUCAUCAAAUAUAUAGCAGAAGAUAUCUUCUGAGAAGAAGUGCAUUGGAGUUGUUCAUGGUGGACCGAUCAAACUUCUUUUUUGAUUUUGGGAGCACUGACAGUAGAAAAGAUGCAUAUCGAGCCAUUGUACAAGCGCGACCGCCCCACUUGAACAACAUUUACCUGGCAACUCAGAGACCGGAUCAGCUACUGAAGAGAACUCAACUUAUGGAACGCUGGGCUAGGUGGGAGAUCAGCAAUUUUGAAUAUCUGAUGCAGCUGAAUACACUAGCUGGUCGUAGUUAUAAUGAUAUCACUCAAUAUCCUGUUUUCCCAUGGAUUCUCUCUGACUACGAUUCAAAGACUUUGGAUCUAACUAGUCCGACAUCCUAUCGAGAUCUUUCCAAGCCUGUUGGUGCACUGUGUCCUGAUCGACUGAAAAAGUUCCAGGAGAGAUACUCUAGUUUUGAUGAUCCAGUCAUUCCAAAGUUUCACUAUGGUUCACACUACUCCAGUGCUGGAACGGUUUUAUACUAUCUUACUAGAGUGGAACCUUUUACCACUCUAGCAAUACAACUACAAGGUGGAAAGUUUGAUCAUGCUGACAGAAUGUUUUCUGAUAUCUCUGCAACCUGGAAUGGAGUUCUCGAGGACAUGAGUGAUGUGAAGGAAUUGGUGCCUGAGCUAUUUUACCUUCCAGAAAUAUUGACAAAUACUAACUCAAUCGACUUUGGUACAACACAACUGGGAGAAAAGCUUGAUUCUGUUAGACUUCCUGCCUGGGCAGAAAAUGCUGUUGAUUUCAUUCAUAAGCAUCAAGAGGCUCUUGAAAGUGAGCAUGUAUCAGCACAUUUGCAUGAGUGGAUUGAUCUUAUAUUUGGAUAUAAGCAACGUGGAAAAGAGGCUGUAUUAGCAAAUAAUGUUUUCUUCUACAUUACCUAUGAGGGCACUGUGGACAUAGACAAAAUUCUAGAUCCUGUACAACAGCGUGCUACACAAGAUCAAAUUGCUUACUUUGGACAGACCCCGUCGCAGCUUUUAAACAUCCCUCACCUGAAGAAGAUGCCACUAGCAGAUGUCCUCCAUCUACAGACCAUCUUUCGGAACCCCACAGAAAUAAAGCCAUAUGUUGUUCCUUCUCCAGAACGCUGCAAUCUACCUGCGGCUAGUUUAUUUGCAUCCUCUGAUUAUCUAGUAGUAGUUGAUACUAAUGCUCCAGCAGCACACAUAGCACAACACAAGUGGCAGCCGAACACCCCUGAUGGUCAGGGUGCACCAUUUCUUUUUCAACAUGGAAAGUCAAGUGCGAACAAUUCUACUGCAACAUUUAUGAGCAUGUUCAAGAAAUCGCCGAGCUAUGGUUCUGAUGAUUGGAACUUUCCCCAAGCACGUGCGUUUGCUACUUCUGGAUUUAGAAGCUCAGCUGUAGUUGCCAUUACAUGUGACAGAGAAAUUAUCACUGGCGGGCAUGUGGAUAACAGUGUGAGGCUCGUAUCACCAGAUGGAGCAAAAACAUUGGAAAUAGCAAGAGGGCAUUGUGCUCCAGUUACUUGCCUAAGUUUAUCACCUGAUAGUAGUUAUCUUGUGACGGGUUCCCGUGAUGCUACUGUACUACUUUGGAGGAUACAUCGCACAUCAGCUCCUCACUCAAGCAGCCUGUCAGAAGUUUCUACUGGUUCAGUGGAUCCAACUUCAGCAAGUGGCAACCCUACAUCAGAUAGAAGCAGGAGGAGACGUUUUGAAGGACCAGUACAUGUCCUUCGAGGCCAUCUCGGUGAAAUACUCUGUUGCUCUGUCAGUUCGGAACUUGGUAUUGUUGUUUCUUGCUCCAACUCAUCUGAUGUUUUGGUGCAUUCACUAAGAAGAGGCCGCUUGAUCAGAAGACUGGUUGGUGUAAAGGCCAAUUUGGUCUGCCUCUCGUCUUAUGGCACUGUUAUAGCUUGGGAUGAACCAUUCCGUACUCUUAGCACCUUUACCCUUAAUGGGACUCCGAUUGCCAAGGCACAACUGCCUUGGUCCUCAAAUAUUACUUCCAUGGUUGUUUCGGCUGAUGGACGGAGUGCUGUAGUCGGACUAAAUACAUGUGUAGAAGAUAAAGAGUAUGGAAACAGUGAAAAUAGGUUGAAUUUUUUGACACCUUGUAUUUGCUUCUUUGAUCUGCAUACUCUAAAGGUAUUUCAUACAUUGCAACUGAAGGAAGGGCAAAAUGUGACAGCUCUGGCCCUUAACAUGGAUAAUACGAAUCUUUUAGUGUCUACUGCGACUAGAGAUUUAAUAAUCUUUACUGAUCCUGCGUUGAGCUUGAAGGUUGUAGAUCAAAUGCUCAAACUUGGUUGGGAAGGUGACGGACUUAGCCCCCUUAUAAAGUGAUCAUUUUUUUGUUGCCAUAACCAUUCAUCUGGCAGAGGCAAUUUUUGAAAGAAGCCUUUUUAAUGAAUACAACAUACAAAUUACUUUUGUGCCUUCAAUAUUAAAAGUUAUCAUCAAUUGGCAUAUAGCUGCUGUGUGUGAGUGUUAAAUAUAUGUUUCCCACCAGGAGAUAGAGGGAAACUUUAUAGAUAGUAUAGUGCAUUGUUGUCUAUUAGGUUACCAAAGAACUAAAUAUAGGUACCCCAUUCAUCGGUUGUAAUCUUUUGUCUCGGUUGAGAUUGUAUGUAUGUCUUAGAAAUUGAGAUUGUAUAUGUCUGAUACUUUAACAUCAACGUAAAUAAAAGAUAAUUUAAUAUA